AUGGAUACGAUACAAAAAUCAUCACCAUCAAACCUAGAACAAUCCACAGAGACGGAUACUGGUGUUGAGAUAUCUCACGCAAAUGAUACCUCAACGGAGUCCUCAAUAGAAACGACAUUAUCGACAAUGGGUUCACGAACGCCUGUUGUGACACAUACAAGCCAAACAAAUGCUAGCCCGUCAAAGGAGUUCAUGACUUUGACACCAAUUAGACUCCCUGAAAAUUAUUCUCCUUCUAGGAACCCAUUACUUUCAUCUAGCCGAAGGAAACCUAAAGAUAUAAAUGCCAAGAUCAAUUCCUUAAAUAAUUAUUCUCCAACUCAUGAAACAAUAUAUCAAGAAAAAUUUAACGGUAUCUCAUCUCAAUUGACAACUCUUCUGGAGAAUCUGAAUAUAAUAUAUCAUAAGAUAGGUUACUCUAGUUCUGUUAUUACAACUAAGGAAAAGACAAUAUUCCGUGAUUUAUCAUCCCUUCUAGAGAAAUUUUAUGAGGAGGCAGAAUUUGAAAUGAAAGAACUAUCUUCCAGUAACGAUUUAGAUCAAGAGAUAAUAAAUAAAAUUCUAAUUAUAUUGGGUGAUAACAGUGGCAUUGAGACAAUCCCAGAUCUAUACAUAAGGAAUGCCAUUUUGAAACAAUCGAAUAAAAAUGUUCCUCAAUCACCUAAAAAACCAUUGACACUGCUUAAUAAAAAACUUGCACUUGAAACUGCUAAAAUAUUUACGUUAGGUAAGUAUAUACCCAAAUUGAUUACAUUCUUACAAUAUUCUGUAACAUUACAAAAAUUGAUACGAUCUGUUAAUAAUGAUAAUUUAAUGCCCGAGGAAUCUGUUAAAAAUACAAUUGCAAAUUUACCAUCCUUAAAAGAAGUUGAAUCUCUCUUGAAGGAUUUGAUGAAUUUAAAGGACUUUCAAACAAAUACAGAUAAUAUAUCACAAUUACUGAAACAAUAUAAGAAGAUUCUUUUAGAUGGCCAUUAUUGUACAGAUAUCUCAACUAACCGAAUAAAGAGUCUUACUUCUGCAAUUGAAAUAUAUGAAACAGAAUUUAAAUUGAGAUUGCAACAUAAUAAUGAAAUGGUGACUGAAAUAAGUACUUUGGUAAAUGAAUUACAAAUAAAUCCAGAGGAAGAUUUACAUUCUCAUGAAUGGAAUACCCUUAAGACUAGUAUUGAAAUUGUAGAAAAUGGUAAUUUACAAAAUAUCAAGAGAUUAGAUUCGAAUACUAGUAUUAGCAAUGAACAACUAGAUAUAUUGCAAUUGAUAACCCAUAAAUAUGUUACCACUAAGACGAAUAGAUUGAGUGAAAAAAAAAUGUUGAUUACCAAAUGUAGAACUUUAUGGUCUUUAUUAAAGAUACCUGAGACAUAUAUUCAAGAUUUCAUGAAACAGAACACUGGUCUUUCUACUCAAGUCUUUGUUAAUCUAAAUAUAGAAACUGAUAAACUAGAACAAGAAAAGAAACAUCAAAUAAAACAAUUGAUUAACCAAGCUUUAGACGAUAUUACUGGAUUAUGGGAUACAUUGAGUAUUGAAGAACAACAUAGAGAAGAUUUUUAUCAAAAAUUUAAUUGUCAAUUCGAACCUCUUCAAAAUAUUCAAUAUGAUGAAAAUUUAUUAGCGAUUUGUACUUCUGAAAUCAAAGAAUUAAAUGAAAAGAUGGAAAUUUAUAAACCUAUAUUAAAAUUAAUCGAUGAAUUCCAUUCUUUACAAGAGGAUGAAAUAUUCCUUGACAACAGUUCUAAGGAUUCAUCUAGACUUCUCUCGAGAAAUUCUCAUAAGAUUCUCUUAAAGGAAGAAAAUACUAGAAAGAGAUUAACAAGACAUUUCCCAAGAGUAAUGGCUGAAUUAUCAAAAAAAUUAUUAGAAUCUGAAGAUGUUUUCCAAAGACCAUUCUUGUAUAAGAAUCAACGCAUGCUGGACAUUGUGCUAGAUGAAGAAGAAUCCUUUGUUCAAAAAUAUCCAAGAAGUAGACGUAUUAUGGGGGAACGUAUAUCGAAGAUUCGUAAAGAAAGAAUUGUCUCGAAUUCAUCUAUAAAUUCAAAAUCUACCAUUGGAUCUAGUCAAUCUGCACCAAUGACAAAAUCAAUUGAUAGCAAAUCCUUUAGAGUAGCUAGACGUUAUUAUUCAGAUGAGAUGAGGACAAAAAACAACAAUAACAAUAACAGUAACAAUAAUACUAUUCAAAGGAAAAUAUCUCCAAUAAGAUAUAAAUCUAAUUUAACGGAAUCUGAUUUAGUUAAAAAUUCAAGGUUACUUGCAGAAGAAUCUAAAUUACCAAAAUUCUACGAACAAGACAUUGUAACCUAUAACAAAGAAGCAGUUAAUGAAAGACGAUUACUUGCACCAAGUAAAAUAGUGAAGAAACCACUUUCAACGCCUGGAAAUACAAGACCUUCAAUGAUAAGAGAUUCAUCAUCAAAUGUAUCAUUAAAUAAAUUUUCUACACCAACUUUGAAAAAUAUGCCCCAACAAACGGGUUCUAGUCAUGGUAUAAGACCAACACAAUUAUUCCCACUCAGUAAUAGCAAAAUAAACAAUAUAUCGAAUAUUAAGAUAUCACGUAUUCCUACUCUUAACAAACCUGUAACAAGAAGAAAUAUUGCAAAUAAUAUAUCACAAUUACAAGAAAAAGAAAACUCACAACUAGGAAGAAUUCCAUCAGAUCCACAACCACAACAGGACAUAACUGCAAAACUACGUAGUCCAUACCGUGAACCUGAUCACAGUGUCUACCAACUCUCUCAAUCCCCCGACGGUAAGUUCAAGUUAAGUAUUCAAGAGAGACAACUCGACAACCCAUUUGAUGACACCAGCCUCUACGAAGAAUAA